AUGGGCGUUGCUGCAGUGGACCUUUCUCGUCUGCAAGGAAGCCCCGCCGAGCGAGAGGCCGUUCUCCUCGCUUUUCUCGAAUCGUGCGCAUCUCAUGGUUUCGUUAAAAUAAUUGGCCAUGGAAUUCCGGAGGAAAAUUUGAAAGAGCUCUUUCGUUGGACCAAAGAAUUCUUCGAGUUCCCGGCCUCGGUGAAACAAACAGCACCUCGUCCGCUUGUUGGGCCAAAUCGCGGAUAUAUUGCGGUCGGAGGAGAAAAACUCUCUGGAAUCUCGGGUUAUAUGAAAGGAGUGCGAAAUCCGAUUAUGCGAAAUGAUGUCAAGUUCAAUAUCUCAUCUCCGAAGGAAUCAUUCGAUGCAGGCCCCGAGCAUGACAAGAUCCACCCCACCCCUUGGCCUGUAGGUCCACGCUGUGAGGAAUUCAGGGUGUUUAUGGAGGCAUUCCUGUUGAAAUGCUUAGCGGUGCAUAAUGACCUUCUGCAGCUUCUGGAAGAGGCCUUGCAUUUGAGUCCUAAUGACCUGACCUCUCGCUGCUCUGCUGGAAACAGUGAGCUGCGCAUCACACACUACCCACCUGUCCCGAUCGCGCAGUUGAGAACAGGGUCCACAUAUCGUAUUUCUGAGCACACUGAUGUUGGAAUUCUCACAUUGCUCUUCCAAGACACGGUGGGCGGACUCGAGAUCGAGGGACAAACCAAGUCCUCGGAGUUUAUCCCAAUCGAAAGUUCAAAUCUCAAUGAGAUGGUAGUCAAUUGCGGCGACACCUUGCAGCGAUGGACAGCGAAUUAUCUUCGUUCUGCAAACCAUCGUGUGACAUACCCGCCAGGGUUGCAGGACGCAGAGGCUUUGGUUCCAGCUCGAUACUCGGUGGGAUUCUUUGGUAAGGCGAACAUGUCCGCUUCUAUGGCCGCACUGCCAGAAUUUUCAUCACGUUUAGAGGGUGGAGUGGAUAUGGAUGAGAAGACCGCCCAGGAGUAUUAUAACUACAUGCACGAAAGAACGGUUGCUGCAUAA